ACAAAGAUCAAAUAGAACUAGGACAGAAUCUAACAGAGGCAAAAAGACUAAUAGAAGACAUCACAGAGCAGACUACAACCAAACAGACAGUAACUGUUAUAGAAGAGACAAAAAGUUUAACAGAAGAAAUCACAGUGCAGAUAUAUACUAAACAGACAGCAUCUGGUAGAGAAGUUGAUCUGGAAGUACAGACAUUUACUGAAAAAACAGCAUCUGGUGAAGAAGCUAAUCUGAAAGGACCAGAAGACACUGUGAAGACACCUGUCAUUCAGAUGACACCUGACAGUAAAGUUGAUCUUGAGGGUCCAGGGCAGAUAUCUACUGAACAGACUGAGACAAAAAGCCUAAGAGAAGAAAACACAGUGAAGAUAUAUACUGAACAGACAGCAUCUGGUAGAGAAAUUGAAGGCCCAGAAAACAAAGUGCAGACACCAGACAAUCAGAUGAUAGCUGAUAAUAAAGUUGAUCUGGAAGACAAUAAAGUGCAGACACUGGUCAAUAAGACAACAGCUAAUAAUAUAGAAGAUGUGAAAGAUUUUGUAUGUGCAGUAAAUGCAGUAGAGACAUAUACUGAACAGACAGCAUCUGGUGAAGAAGUUAAUGUGGAAGAGACAAAAAGCUUAAGAGAAGAAAACACAGUGCGGAUAUAUACUGAACAGACAGCAUCUGGUAGAGAAGUUGAUCUAGAAGGCCCGGAAAACAAAAUGCAGACACCAGACAAUCAGUUGACAGCUGAUAAAAAAGUUGAUCUGGAAGUAAAUGCAGUAGAGAAAUCUACUGAACAGACAGCAUCUGGUCAAGAAGUUAAUAUGGAAGGUGACACUAUGGACCUUGGAGGAGAGAGCAUCUGGGACAUCUGGGACAAGACCAAGCACUACAAUGAUGAGACCUUUCAAGAGGAAUACAUGGACCAGGAGGAUGGGAUCCCCACUUCACUGUUAACCCUGGAAGAUGCUUUUAGGAGAAUAAAGAGAUGGAGACAGAGCCUGGCACCACGGUAACCAACCUGAAGACAGUUCCAGUCGCCCCCGAUGCCCUGCUGUCUGUCCAGGAACUGGACAUGUGUGAGGAGGUGAUGGUCACUGUCACCUGUCCGGAUAUCACAGCCAACACAGACCUUGGAGGAAAACCUAAUAACCCACGCACACGCAAGUUUACAGAAGAUGAAACCACACCAAAGCCAAUUUACAAGAAGGCUAAGAUAGAGGUUGAACCAGAGGAUUCUGAGAAUGCACGCUGAUUGAAGGAGAAACAAAUCACUGAGCGGGCAGCGUUCCUUGAGUGAGAGAACACGGCGUUACGGCAGGAAGUGUCUGAGCUACGGCAAGACUGCCUGCAGCAUGAACGUUUUGGCUCACUAUGCUGCCAGAUACAUAGAGCUGUAAGGGACCAAACACUGGCAACCCCCGGAUAUAGCACAGAUUCUAUUAGACAGUACCAACAUUUUGGUCAGGUCACCAAGUAGCUUCAUUCUUAGUUUAUUCUGGUCAUGAGUCAGUCAUAAAAAGCCACUAUUGCACUAGUCACAUUGCCUUCAUACCAAACCAUGAAUAGGUGAUAUGAAUUGACAAAUGUAUGACUUUAUAGGAGAAGUUAUCCAUGACAUCACAUUAAAUGUUAGAGUUGAUGAUUAAAUGUUAACCCUCCCCACUUUACCUCUUGUUAAAUUGUCAUAGCAGUUCAGACAGGAAACCCGGGUGGUCAACGGUCAGCGACAUAUUAGCUGAUGCCUGGGAUCCUCAGGUUACUCACUCAGGCUGGUCUUACUAGAAUGAGGGUACAAACCUACCCACCACCCCUGGCUCCAGCUGUUUGGUUCUGUUUUCCUUUUCAUGAGGGGACCGGUACUGGUUAUCUUGCUCAUUGCCUGUGGGGAUUGCUAUGAUAUUAUGGUUUUAAUAUCAUUAUUAGUAGUAUCAUAUAGGAUCAUGUGUUUGGCAGUGAGCUAACCCAGAGGAGCAGAACCAAGCAUCAAAACCGGUAUAAAUUAUUGUUGUGCAUGUUCUAAUAAAUGGUUACAUUUAAAUGUGGUGUUUUCUGUCUGAACUCCAUUUUGUCCUUCUGAUAAAUCAUUUUGUUUUUUUAAGUCCAUUACU